AUGUACGGUCCUGGUCUUAUUACGCAAAAUGAGGUUCCCAUAGAGAAUUACAACGUUUCCAACACUUCACUUCAUGCAGUGACUCUACACGCCACGGAGAUUGGACCACACGAGCACACGAAUAGCGUUAACAGGAGUUACUCGGACUUGAAUAGCUUGCAGUUUCUCCUAUACGCUGCAGUUUUCUGUUGGAUACGGACAGCACUACAGCAACCUCUUAAUCUUGCCUUGGCUCGUCAACAAACAUGCCCCAUCGCUGGAUCUAUGACGACAAUGCAAAUUGUGCGACAUGUGUACGGCGCCGAAGGAGGGAUGCGUGGCCUGAUGCAAGGAAUGUUUGCUCUAACAUUAGGCUGUGCCCUCAGCGAGGCGCUUUAUCUUUGGCUCUUUGAAUACAGUCGAGAACGACUUCCUAUGAAGUCUGAAGCAACACGGGAUGCGGUGUCGGGAUACGUAUCCGACGCCGUCUGUCGAUUGAUACAUCUUCCACUUAGUAUUGUCGCAUUGCGGCAGAUGACGGCAAAUAAGAUGAUGGUUGGCGGCACAUAUAAGACAAGUGGUAUUUUCCGUACAAUUGUGUUAAUGUACCGUGAGAACGGAAUGCGCACUGUUUUUGCAGGCUACGGCACAACGUUGUUGGUUGGGUGUCAGUGGACAGCGGUGUGGUGGGCCAUGUAUGGAUACACCAAAGGCUGGUUGUACGAGGCUGCCGAUGGAUUUUUAGAGGUGGAUAAUCAAGACAACUUGAACUUAUCCGCAUCAUCGUUCUCCUCAUGGAAACACUGGUUGCUGGCGAAGGACGAUAACAUUGUACUGAACUCCGUGUCAUCGCUUGUUACAAGCGCUAGCACGGCAGUCUUAUUUAAUCCGUACUUGGUCGUACGAGCAAACUUGCAAGUGAAGCCAAAAGCCCGACUGUGGGGUGUAGUGCGUGAUGUUUACCGGACCCAAGGUAUGCGGGGAUUUUACGUUGGACUCGCUCUUAACAUCGGAACGUGUCUUAUAGACGGCGUAUUGGCGUCCACUUCGUAUGAAUACGCGAAGCUGUGGGCCGAUAAGAGCCACCACCGCCAAAAUCACAGCGAAUGA